CUUUUACUCAGGCGCUACUCAGGUCGUGAUUAGGAAAACCACCAAAACUGGUUUAGACAAAUGGGCUGUGCUUUGCAACUCCCUGGAGUUCUGAAAAUGAAAAAUGCCAACUUUUCGUUUGGGCCACCUGGUCCUAGAAAUGGGCUCUCUUCCUCCCGAGGACUCGAUGGGCACCCAUCCACCCAAUCUGAGAGUCCUCCCAUAUAAACCCAGUUCAGGUCCUGCGAUUACUCUCCAUUUCUUUAUCCUCUUAACUCUCAUUCUUCCAGUUCCCCCUCCCUGCUUAUUUCGAGUGUGGGUCAUUCUAUUCUCCGUCAACCGUCAGAUCCAGCUUUUGGCGCCCUUGAGACACCACAGCGUAUCGCCACGCCUCCAUUUGCCCUACCGGCUACCGACUGUUUUGGUUCUUCUGCUCUCUCAGUGGAAGUUGUCGCCGAAGAUGGGCAGGAAAAGGACGGCAGAGGAGAAGAGGAGAUAUGCUAAGGAGAAUGGCUUUAAUGACGAUAAUACUGAUAUUAACGAUAACCCUAUUCCACGGGAUAUCUUAGAUUAUACCAAGGAAAGAUACGAUGUAUAGAUGGAGCUAUGGCUUGAGUAAGUUUCGUUUCCAGCCGCUCGG